UUAUAUAAACACGACCACACUACAUUCUAGGAUUAGGGUUUUGCACUGGGCGGCUGCUUCUACGGCUCCAUCUUCUCCGAGUUCCUAAAUCUCUACCUGCGCAGAACCAAACCGUCACCACCAUGGGGAAAACACGUGGAAUGGGAGCGGCCCGCAAGCUCAAGUCUCACCGUAGGAGACAAAGGUGGGCUGACAAGUCAUACAAAAAAUCUCAUCUUGGCAAUGAAUGGAAAAAGCCUUUCGCAGGUUCUUCCCAUGCCAAGGGAAUUGUUCUUGAAAAGAUUGGUAUUGAGGCCAAGCAGCCCAACUCUGCCAUUCGUAAAUGUGCCAGGGUUCAGCUCAUCAAGAAUGGGAAGAAGAUCGCUGCCUUUGUGCCAAACGAUGGUUGUUUAAAUUACAUCGAAGAAAAUGAUGAAGUUUUGAUUGCUGGAUUUGGACGAAAAGGUCACGCCGUGGGAGAUAUUCCUGGUGUCAGAUUCAAGGUUGUAAAGGUUUCUGGGGUGUCUCUCCUGGCUCUCUUCAAGGAGAAGAAGGAGAAGCCAAGGUCAUAAACCUGUGGAUUGUGUCCUCUUUAUAUUAAGAAAUUAUGAAUUUUGUUAAAUUUAACUGAUUGAGUUCUAUGGACGGUUUUGUACCUCAAAUACCAAAUUUUCUCAAUUUAAAUUAGUUUAUAUUUACUUCUGUUCGAA